AUGGACACAUCAUUUGACGAUCGGGAAAAGCGGUUCAUUCUUGCAGAGAUGGUCAAGGCCAGCCACCUUGAUGUCAGUGCCGUGAUCAGCUUCGUCAAGCACUUCAAUAUCUCGCCCGACUGGCAUGAGAUGCAGAUACCGCAUGGUCGCACUAUAAACCAGUGUAGGCAAGCCGCAGCCUCCAUGGGCAUCGAAACGCCACCGAUGUUUACACAACAGCACCAUCAACAACAACUCCAGCAACCGGGGCCACAAUACUCUCAACAACACCGCCAACAAUCCGAGCAGCAAAACUCGACUGUAGCCCAGCAGCAUCAACAGCAUCGAGCUCCCCAGCAGCCGCAGCAUCUCCAGAACCUCCAGCACCAGCAACAGCAGCAGCAUCAACGACGCCAGCUCCAGCAACAGUCGCCUUUCCAGGUUCCAGCCCCGGUCGCGAAGCGCAAAUCGUCCAGUGCCUCGAGCGAGAAUGUCCCGAAGAGGCAGGCAGUUUCUCCUACCGAUAUAAAUGGCCCGUCGCGUGCUCGCAGUAUCCAGCCACGACCGCCACCAGCUAAUGGCGCCUCCUCCGAGAGACAGACGCCUGGCGCGAUUGCGCCCCCAACUCAAACCCUACGUAAGAAAAGGGGCAGACCAUCAAGGGCAGAUAAGAUUGCCCAGGCUCAGGCUGCCGGGUUGACAAACAAUCCCUUCCCAUUCUUGGCACCCGCAGGCAAAUCUCCAUCGAUAAACACACCGCCGGCAGGCCAGCCAGCCACGAUGAACAAUUAUGGACAACCAGUCAACUUCCCCCCGCAAAUACGGUCAGCUCGGAUCCACAGUCCGGCCGUUGAAGUGACCGCGGAAGCAAGUCCUAUACCACCAAGCGGAUACUUGAAGCCGGCAGAGGAUCGGAAACUGGCGCCUCUGAAGCACGAAACUUCGCCCACCGGCCUGAAAUCAGACGAUGCGUUGCCCGACCGGCCGAAAACGCCGCCCCCUGAACAAGACUCGCAAGCUGCAGAAAACUUAGGGUCUCAUUGA